AUGUCUGGAGCUAGUGAAUUCCUCAACAAGGGUAUUGACUUGGUUCAGAAAGCCAUAGAGGCAGACACCGCAACUCGAUAUGAGGAGGCUUACAAACUCUACUACAAUGGCUUGGACUACUUGAUGUUGGCUUUGAAGUACGAGAAGAACCAGAAGUCCAAAGAACUUAUCAAGUCCAAGUUCACGGAGUACUUGAGCAGAGCAGAACAGUUGAAGGAGCAUUUGGAGAAGCAACUGGGUCUGGCUGGAAGCAGCGCCGAGGCCUCUGCCUCUGGAUCCACCAAGGCGAAAAAACUGGGCGAUGAUGCCGAUGGCGAUGAUGCCGACACUAAAAAACUCCGAGGUGCUUUGGCUGGGGCCAUUUUGGCCGAGAAACCAAACGUAAAGUGGAGUGAUAUUGCCGGCUUGGAGACAGCCAAAGACGCAUUGAAAGAAGCAGUGAUCCUUCCGGUGAAGUUUCCUCAUUUGUUUACAGGAAACCGUCGUCCAACUGCAGGUAUUCUCUUGUUCGGCCCUCCUGGUACUGGUAAGUCUUUCUUGGCCAAGGCUGUGGCUACUGAGGCCAACCUGACCUUCUUCUCUGUAUCUUCGUCGGAUCUCGUAUCUAAGUGGAUGGGUGAAUCCGAACGUUUGGUGAAGCAACUUUUUACCAUGGCCAGGGAGAACAAACCAGCCAUCAUUUUCAUUGAUGAAGUGGAUGCAUUGUGUGGCCCUAGAGGGGAAGGAGAAUCUGAGGCUUCGCGUCGUAUUAAAACUGAACUCUUGGUUCAAAUGAACGGUGUGGGCAACGACACGAGCGGUGUGUUGGUGCUUGGGGCCACCAACAUUCCGUGGCAAUUAGAUGCUGCCGUUCGUAGACGUUUCGAGCGUAGAAUUUACAUUGCAUUACCCGACUUGGAGGCUCGAAAACGCAUGUUUGAAUUGAAUAUCGGUGAUGUACCCUGCGAAUGUUCGCAACAAGACUUGAGGGUUUUGGCAGAAAUGACUGAUGGCUAUUCUGGUCAUGAUAUUGCCGUUGUUGUUAGAGAUGCUUUGAUGCAGCCAAUUCGUAAAAUUCAGCAGGCUACCCAUUUCAAGCGUGUCGGAAGUGAAGGAAAGCUUACCCCAUGCUCGCCUGGAGACGAAGGUGCUGUGGAAAUGAGCUGGCUCGAUAUUGGCACUGAUGAGUUACAAGAACCAGAUUUAGUGGUUAAGGAUUUCAUACGCGCAGUCAAAAACAAUAGACCUACUGUUAAUGCGGCUGAUAUCCAAAACCACGUCAAGUUCACGGAUGAUUUUGGUCAGGAGGGUAAUUAG